UGGAGUUCUUUUAUGGAGUUCCUUUUAAUUCAUUUCAUCAUUUCUUUAUUUCCUCAGUUUUUCAUUAACUUCAUUUUUCUUUGCUCCUUUCUUAAUUGUUCUAAUUUUUGCAGCGUUGAUCUUUACUGCUAUGUGUUUAUUUUGUUAUAUAAUUUCCAGGUAUACUUGCUUUCCUGUAGUUUUUGGUUUAUUCCCCUGAUCUUUCUGAUUUUCCUGGUUUUCUUCGUGUUCUUCAUUUUAUCAUUUUGUUUUGAUCUUAUUUUCUUCUUGAAUUCCUAUUUUGGCCUAUUUGUUGGAAUCUUCGCCUUUAGAUGACAGCUAGACGGGCGAAAACUGAGUUUGCCUCUAUGGCCCUUUCCGAGUCUAGACUUUCUCAGGAAAAAUCCUAUAUAUUUCAUAUAGCUAUGGUUUUCCUUCUGAGUAUGGGGUUAGGAAACUUGAUUACCGAAUGCCAACCUUCGGGUAUCCUGGUUCACGCCGGGAGGCAGUUAUAUUCGAAGAACAGCUUAGUGCUGAUCUUUGGUUUCCUUUGGAUCCUUUUAUCGUUGAACUAUGUAGUGAUUUAGAUAUUGUCGUAGGGGAACUUCAUCUCGGGACCAUCCAAGUUAUCACUACCUUAGUAGAAGCGUGUAGGCUUCCGGGGCAAUCCCCUUCUUUGAACGUGUUUCAUCACUUUGUUUCUCUAAUGAAAUGCAACGAAUGUUUUAUUUUUUUCCCUUCAUAUGAGAGUUAAUUCCUAAGGGUUUUUCGGUUAGGUCGGUUAGCACUUAUCCUUCUCCCUUGAGUUUGUCCGAGACUAUCCUUGCUUUUGAUUUUUCUUUUCAUAGUAUUUUCCAGCGGUCGUUGUUGUCUAUUUAAGUAAAUAGCCACGUCCAAUGUUGAUAGCUGCCUUUGGAGGAUUCUUCGAGGGGUCUCACUGAUCUUUCAUAUGAAUUUGUAGAAGAUAUGGAUGUUCCAAUGGACGAAGUUGCUCUUAUUCUUGCUGGGGCGAUUGAGCCCGUAGUGGUAGAUAUGGAUAACGCUGAAGUGGAAGUGCCUGCUCCCCCAGAUCUAGCGGAUCCUCUAGAGGAGGGGUCACAAAUUAUGUUCAUUCAUCUUUGCCAUCAUUUGAUGGUAGGUUUUAGGGAAGACUCCCGCCAGAGUAGUUUUCACUUUCCACCCAGUAAUGCAAAAGUAAUGGGGGUUGUUCCUCGGGUUGGUUGGGUUUUAUACCCAGGAGUUGAGCUUAAAGGGUUGUUGAUUCCUGGUGGGGUUUUCCAAGAGGCAUUUUCUGAAGUGUUGCCGGUAAGAAUUGAACCGCUUCCCCCGAGCGGAAGCAUCAGAGGUGUGGUGAUGAUGUCAAUUGCGUUUGGAUCUAUAGGCUGCUUAUCCUUGGGCUCCACUGAUUGCUUGUUUCUCAGAUCAAUCUGCCGGUAGUCAUCCUUGAUCAAUGAAUUUAUUUAGUUUGUAGAAAAGAUCCUUCAAUGAAGUUUUGUUAAGCUUUUCCUACAGACGACGCGGAUUGAUAGAUUGUGUUCUAUAAUUGUUAGUCGUGACCUACAAAAUAAGGUAGAUAUCUAAUCAAACGGUGAUUGUCCGAUUGGCUCUCCGAUGCUCAAGUCAGUUUAUGCUUAUGCUGGGAAGUAGUGUAUUAAAUGUAGUUGUGUAUAGGCAUACCUCAGCUUCUUUUAUAGUAGUGAGAUCUAACCUAAAAGAGUCUUAGAAGGAAAGUGAUUCCUUCAGGAAGUAGAGUUGCAGUAGGAAGCAUAUCUCUACUUCGUAGCGUAAUCUUCCAUUAAAUCCUAUUUAGAAAAGCGUCCUAAUUAGGAAUGUCUUCUUGUAUUAGUCGUUAACCCCGUUUAGGAGACUAUCUUUGAUACAUCCAAAAGAUCCUCAUCUUUUAUAUUAUCUCCGUGAUUAUAGCAUUGUAGUUGACUUUAGAUUCGAUCUCUUAGCGAGAUUUAUGUCUUUAGAUUUCGAUUUUUGUGUAUUGUCGACUCCUUGAGGAUACAGUGAAUAUCUGAUCGGGCGAUUCCACAUGAGCAUGGCAGACAAAUCUCUUAGGAUUUGGCCGUGCUGAUACGUAUCACUAAUUACUUUGAGGUGAGUCCUAGGGUAGGCUUCAUUGGACGAACCCUCAAAUGACUCGUCUCACUAUUAUGGUCUUGAUAAAACAUGUUUCCAUCAAUUCAUAUGAUUUUUAGUGUAAAUACACCAACACUUGAUGUAUUUAUGAUACAUUGUUUUCCUAAUAAAACCAUAAAGCACUUCGUUGUGUA